GGAGGCGGGAGAGAGGGGGAAGGGAGGGGGAGAGGAAGAUGGGGAAAGAACGGGUGGCGAGGAUAUGGGGGACUGAGAGCAGCUGUAGCCUCCCCUUCCCCCCUCGCUGAGUGUGAGGGAGACUGGUGAUCAUGUUUGGACAUUGCUGUCUGAUUUCCCACCGUGACCAGGAGCAGCCUAGCUGGACAGAUGACCUCACUGUGUGCCACCUGUCGGGGAUUGGUUAUGGCACAAACCGCAUUUACCAGCUGGAUGGAACCAGCACUGAGGCCCACACCUUGGAGGAUGGCUGGCUGAGGUUUCGAGAAGACGAGUGUUUCCUUUAUGGGGUCUUCAAUGGAUACGAUGGAAGCCGAGUCUCAAAGUUCGUGACACAAAGGCUGACAGCGGAGCUCUUGCUGGGACAGCUAACUCUGAGUCACAAUGAUGCUGACGUACGCAAGGUGUUAUUGCAGGCCUUCGAUGUGGUGGAACGCAGCUUCUUCGAAUCCAUUGAUGAUUCUCUGGCAGAAAAGGCCAACCUGCAGUCUCAGCUUCCCGAGGGCAUUCCUCACUCCCAGCUUCCACAACAGUAUCAGAAACUCCUGGAAAAACUCAAUAAAAUUGAACAGGAGAUUGCAGGAGGAACAACUGCCAUUGUUGCGCUCAUUCUCAACAACAAACUCUACAUUGCCAACAUAGGCACGAGCCGAGCCUUGCUGUGUAAAUCCACUGCAGACGGACAGCUCCAGGUGACUCAAGUCAGCGUCGAUCACACGACAGACAAUGAGGACGAGCUCUUUCGCCUGUCGCAGCUUGGUCUUGAUGCUACAAAAAUUAAACAAUGUGGGUUGAUUGGAGGUCAGGACAGCAGCCGCAGGAUUGGAGACUACCGAAUGAAGUACUGCUACAGUGAUGUGGAAAUGUUGAGCCCUGCCAAGACGAAGCCAGUGAUCGCAGAGCCAGAAAUUCACGGAGGACAGUCGCUGGAUGGGGUGACGGGGUUUUUGGUGCUGAUGACAGAUGGACUGUACAAAGCCCUGGAGGCAGCUCAUGGUCCUGGACAAGCCAAUCAGGAAAUCGCAGCCAUGGUAGCCACUGAGUUUGCACUGCAGACGAGGCUGGACGCUGUGGCCCAGGCGGUGGUUGACCGAGUUCGACGGAUACAUCGCGAUACCUUCAUCAGUGGAGGCGAAAGGUCAAAGUUUUGUGACAGACAUGAAGACAUGACCCUACUUGUUCGAAACUUCAACUACCCUCUGGGGGAGAUGAGCCAACCGUCCACAAGCCCGACCCAGGGGGGUCGAAUCUACCCAGUCUCCGUCCCUUACACCAGCACACAAGGAACUCUGGGGAAAACCAGCGUCACGCUCUCCCUAGUGAUGCCAUCCCAGAAUCAGAUGAUGAACGGUAACCACAGCAACUCAACAGGGGACGAGACCACGCCCACACUCACUAACAGCCAAAGUCCGACAGCCACAUUGCAGUCAACCAACACGCACACACACAGCAGCAGCUCCAGCUCAGGUGAUGGGCAGGGCCACUUGUUCCACCGGCACCGGCUCCCUCACACCCUUCAACCUGACCAGGAUGGUCGCGUCGAGCCCUACGUCGACUUCUUGGAGUUCUACCGACUUUGGACUGUGGACCACAGUGAACAGACCCUAGCCGGAGUCCAGUAGAUGACCGGUCAGCACUGCCUCUGGCCGCAGUUGAGCUGCUGGGAGGCUCUGGGUUAUGACAUAAAGUGAACCCUAUCUGGGUCAUUGACUCGUCAACUCUCCAUGAGAGACGGGAGCUGAACGUCAGACAGUGUUUCAGGACUGCCCAUUCUCUCUCGGAUUUCACCUCCUCACAACAGCAGCUAACCAGGGCACCAGAGCCCUGCAGAUGGAGAGGAAUAUUUGAAUGUCUGUGUUUGUGUUAGGAUUGGGCCGAAUUCAUCUGUGAUGACCUCAACCAAAUAGCCUGCCUACUGCUUAAGCCAUGAUUGGCCGAAAAACGCCCAGAAGGUGCAAGGCAGCUUCGGGGGGUGGGGGGGUGGGGGGGAGAUGGAGCUGAGGUUGCUUGACUUCUUGUUCUUGAGGAACCUUCUGACGAACUCUUGAGUGCUGGGUGUGUGUUCAGGAGCUGAAACAUGUCACUGUUGUUUGAUCCAACAUCGCAAAAGUGUUUUUAAGCAGCUGGGCUAAGCUUAUCAGUGGCUGCAGUCAGAGUCCCAGGUGAUGAAGCUACGAAUAAAAGACGUUAUGCUGCCACUCAUCCAGCCUUGUGAUCUUUAUCUAAAGAGGGCAUGUUGCACAUGCCGAUUAGCAUGUGAAUGACUGGAAGUUGUAAUCAGUCAGAAUGUUACAGUAAAUGAAAAUCCAAACAAAACUGCAGAUGCUGGAAUCUAAAAUAAAGAUAGAAAAGGCUGGAAACGCUCAGCAGGUCGGGCAGCAUGUAUGGAACAAGAAACAUGAACUCUAUGUUUUGAUCUCAAUAUUCUCCCAUUAGCCAGUUGACCAGAGGACUGCAACUUAUCCCCACAGCAACCCUGGCCUCACCCUAUCACAAAUAUUUACUUUGUCUUAUCCAUCCCUCCCCAAAUGUAAAGCAUUGUUUUUCUUUGACCUGAAACAUUAAUUGUGUUUCUCUGUCCACAGAUGCUAUCUGAUCAGCUGAGGCAUUUUCUGUUUUCAUUUCAAAGCA